GUUUGCAAUUUGAGAAAAAAGAAAUCAAAUUGGAAUUCUGAAGCAGCUUAACCUUGGUUAAUAGUAGGAUUCCGGAUAGCGGACCGCGGCGACUCAAGAUGUCAAAAUGAUAAGGAUUUAACGUGAAGAUGAUGGAAACACGAUCGUGAUCCAGGAAUAAGAUAAGACAAAUUUAAUCAGGAUCAAAUAAGAAGAUGAUAGAAACAGGAAUGAACAAGAAGAUGAUACAAACAUGAGCAAGAUCAAACAAGAAGAUGAUACAAACAAGUAUGAUCAGGAUUAAGCAAGAAGAUAAUUCCAACAUGAUCAGGAUUAAGCAAGAAGAUGAUACCAACAUUAUUAAUCAAGAAGAUAAUACAAAUAUGGUCAUGAUUAAUCAAGAAGGUGGUAUGAUUAGGAUUGAGCAAGGAGAUAUUACACAUGUUAUCAGGAUCAAGCAAGAGGAGGAAGAGAAGGACACCAGUCGCAAUGCUUUAACAGAUGAAGUAUGGAUGAAAGAGGAUGUGAAAGAAAAUCACUCCGUCAGUUCUGCUGGUAGAAGUUGGGUGUCCUUUGAUAAAGGAGAUAUUGUGGAAGAAGCACAAGACUCACAAGAAGAAGGUACGUCUAUCAUCAGUAGUGAUGAAUUUCAUCUUAAGACAUGGUUUGGAGAAAAGAAAGAUCAGAAGAAUAUUCCUGCUCCUGAUGAUUUAAGUGGAUCAAGUGUAGAAGAACCUAAAUGCUUGUACUGUAAGAAAGAAUUUCCUUGUAAAUGUGAUGGUCAGAAUGAUGCGGAGGAAAGGUCACAUGAGUGUUCUUACUGUUACAAAAGAUUUUCUUAUAAAAGCAAUCUGAACCGUCAUAUCAGGAUGCACACAGGAGAAAAGCCAUCCAAAUGUUCGUUUUGUGAGAAAAUGUUUUUUUGUAAAAUCAAACUGAAGCAUCAUAUCAGGACACACACAGGAGAAAAACCCUACAAAUGUUCAUUUUGUGAAAAAGGAUUUACUUUAAAAACUUCUUUGAACAGUCAUACCAGAACACAUACAGGAGAAAAGCCGUACAAGUGUUCAAUGUGUGAGAAAGCAUUUUCUGAACAAACUUCUCUAAAAUGUCAUCUCAGAACACACACAGGAGAAAAGCCAUACAAAUGUUCAUAUUGUGAGAAAAGAUUUUCGUAUAGUGUUAGUCUAACCCUUCAUCUCAGAACACACUCGGGGGAAAAGCCUUACAAAUGUUCAGUUUGCGAGGAAGGAUUUUCUUCAAAAUAUUCUCUGAAAGUUCAUCUCAGAACACACACAGGAGAAAAGCCGUACAAAUGUUCAGAUUGUGAGAAAAGAUUUUCUGACAAACCUGCUCUGAUAGUUCAUCUCAGAACACACACAGGAGAAAAGCCAUACAAAUGUUCAUUAUGUGAGAAAAGAUUUUCUAGUAAAAGUGGUCUGAACCUUCAUAUUAGGACCCACACAGGAGAAAAACCAUACAAAUGUUCAGUCUGUGAGAAAAGUUUUGCUCAAAGCAAUCUGAACCGUCAUAUCAGGAUGCACACAGGAGAAAAGCCAUCCAAAUGUUCGUUUUGUGAGAAAAUGUUUUUUUGUAAAAUCAAACUGAAGCAUCAUAUCAGGACACACACAGGAGAAAAACCCUACAAAUGUUCAUUUUGUGAAAAAGGAUUUACUUUAAAAACUUCUUUGAACAGUCAUACCAGAACACAUACAGGAGAAAAGCCGUACAAGUGUUCAAUGUGUGAGAAAGCAUUUUCUGAACAAACUUCUCUAAAAUGUCAUCUCAGAACACACACAGGAGAAAAGCCGUACAAAUGUUCAUAUUGUGAGAAUAGAUUUUCGCAUAGUGUUAGUCUAACCCUUCAUCUCAGAACACACUCGGGGGAAAAGCCUUACAAAUGUUCAGUUUGCGAGGAAGGAUUUUCUUCAAAAUAUUCUCUGAAAGUUCAUCUCAGAACACACACAGGAGAAAAGCCGUACAAAUGUUCAGAUUGUGAGAAAAGAUGUUCUGACAAAUCUGCUCUGAUAGUUCAUCUCAGAACACACACAGGAGAAAAGCCAUACAAAUGUUCAUUAUGUGAGAAAAGAUUUUCUAGUAAAAGUGGUCUGAACCUUCAUACCAGGACCCACACAGGAGAAAAACCAUACAAAUGUUCAGUCUGUGAGAAAAGUUUUGCUCAAAGGACUGGUGUGAACCGUCAUCUCAAAACACACACAGGAGAAAAACCAUAUGAAUGUUCAUAAUGUGAAAAAAGGGUUUUCUUUUAAAGGCAAGUCCAAGAAAAAGUCACCCAGGAAGACAAAAUUUCAACUUUAUUUUUAAAAAGUUGUAUUUGGUGGGGUAAGGAAGCCCAUGAGUUAAAUUUUAAAAUUUAAAGUUGAUAAUUUCACCAGACAAUUUUCACCCUUUUUUUAGUUUCUGCCCAAUUGAUUUUAAUAAAGCCGAAGAUUUAUGCUUCAAAGCCUAUCUUUAAUUCUCGUAAAUCUUUUUCUUUGUAUUUUUGCUUUUAUAAAGAAUCAGAUCAAAUUAUAAUAUUUGCAGUUAUUCAAUGAGAUUAAAAAUUCACAAAUAAUCACAUUUACAAGGUAUAAAAAAGCGGGCAGGAAAUAAGAUUACAACAAAUCUGUUAUAAGUAGUACCAUGGACCUAAAGUUAUAAGCCAGUGUUCAUGUCCAUAAAUUAUCCAUUCUCGUAAAUCUUCCCCUAAGUGCAUUUCACUAUUGUAAUUCAUUUCUAGAUUGUAUCAGUGCUUGAUCUCCAAAAUAGUUUUAUACGGUGUAAAGGAUGUAAACAAGAAAUGUGAUUUAAUAUUUUUGAUGAUUUUGCUUAAAAAUCAUCUCCCUGUGUAAAUAUAUAACAUUUUAAGCAUGGAAUAAGCUGAAUAUAAUUUUCAAAAAUAUACAAAAGGCCUGAAUCUAUUCAGAAUAUCCCUACAUUAAUCAUGCUCUCUUCAACCUUAGUUGUCCCCAGUUACAGUGUUAUCUUAUUGUCAGAUGUACCGUUCAGUUUAUUUUGGUCAAAUGAUAUUCCUCUUGUUUUUUGUGCACACACCUGGUUUCUGCAUGCCCACCCUUGGAGCUAUUUGGUUUAUUUUAUAGUUCCAAUACUCUAUAUUUGCUAUUUUGUUUUUGUUACAAUUCUCUAUUUGCUAUUUUGUCAUUGUUUCAAAUCUUGUUAUUUUGAGGUUGAACAACUGGACAGUUGGCUAUUGUUGAACAACGAAACCUAUAAACACUGAGAUAAUGGAGAUGAGGAAUUGUAUAUUCUUCUUUAUGAGGGGUUUAUGAAGUUUUAAAGAAGUGUGUGUGUGUGUGAGUGGAGGUGGAGGUGGGUGCAUGCAUGUUUGUGUGUAUGCGUGGCAGAAUUGUGAUGUGUUAUGUAGGUGAUUAUGCGUGUGUGCACGGGUGGAAUUGGUGUCUUUUUGUGUGCACACAGAUACCUUUUUCACCCUUAUAUGUGAUAAACCCUGUUCAAAGAGCGAAAACAUGGUUUUUGAUAAAAUGUUAUAUCGAGUCAAAUACAGUUUUUCCUUGAUAAAUUGUGUUCAUCAGUUUUUAUCGAUUAAAGGGAUAGA